GGCUCCGCCGCGCUCAACACACACACUCGGUGUACACAAACGGGGAACGGCAGCUCGCAGGAUCGAUCGUGGCUCCUUUAAGAAAAACUAAGCCAGAAUUAUCACCCCACCUCCUCUUGAUCUCAUUUAGAAGCUUUUGCAUAAAAAAUCAACCCAGGAGCUGCGAGUGAUCAAAGAGACGGGAGAGCUUCAUUUUCGUGCUCAUUUGUGCGUUAUCGUUAGGUGUGCUAACCGGGGGAAGCGCGACGAGGACCAUCAUUCAUUCAGCACUUUGACAACCUCGCCUUUGAUUGACAGCCGGAGUGGCGAAAAGCCAUGGGACUAGCUAGUUUUGUUUGAAGGGUGUUUUCAUACUGGUUUGGGAGAGAAGAUUUGUUCGGUCCUUGUCGCUGUCCGGGGGAAAGCGGAGGACCUAUUUGCCGUGUUUGGCUAAACUUGAGGUGAAGGACUGGCUUCAUCGAUUGAAAGAAGCAUUUGGAUUUUUUUGGGGGGGGGGGAACCUCCUCGCUUUGGAAUUUGCGUGCCUGUUUCUUCAUCAUCCUGGCCUCAUAGGGAAUAUAUUUUGCAUUGAACGAAUACGAGGGAGUGUGGAGGGCGAUGGCGCAGAGGUACGAAGAUUUGCCCCACUAUGGGAUGGACGGCGUAGGAAUCGCCACCACGAUGUACGGGGACCCACACGCCGCGAGGUCCAUGCAGGCUGUCCACCUGAAUCACGGGCCCCAACUCCACGCGCACCAGUACCCGCACGCAGCUCACGCCAACGCCAUGCCGCCUAGCAUGGGCUCAUCCGUCAAUGACGCCCUAAAAAGAGAUAAAGACGCCAUUUACGGGCACCCUCUUUUUCCACUCCUAGCACUGAUAUUUGAAAAAUGUGAAUUAGCAACGUGUACACCCAGAGAGCCUGGUGUGGCGGGAGGAGACGUCUGCUCGUCAGAAUCUUUCAAUGAAGAUAUAGCGGUGUUUGCAAAACAGAUCAGAGCAGAAAAGCCAUUAUUUUCAUCAAAUCCUGAGCUGGAUAAUUUGAUGAUACAAGCAAUUCAGGUUUUACGUUUUCAUCUUUUGGAGCUGGAGAAGGUACACGAACUUUGUGACAAUUUCUGUCACCGAUACAUCAGCUGUUUGAAGGGCAAAAUGCCCAUCGACUUGGUUAUAGACGAAAGGGAAGGGGGAUCAAAGUCGGACAGUGAAGAAAUCACAAGAUCAUCGGGACCGCUUGAUCAGACUUCGUGGAACAGAGACCAUGACGACACGGCGUCCACGCGCUCUGGGGGCACGCCGGGACCCUCCAGUGGUGGACACACGUCACACAGCGGUGACAAUAGCAGUGAACAAGGCGACGGGCUGGACAACAGCGUGGCCUCCCCGAGCACAGGCGACGACGACGACCCCGACAAGGAGAAGAAGAGGAAUAAGAAACGUGGCAUCUUCCCCAAAGUAGCGACCAACAUCAUGCGGGCCUGGCUCUUCCAGCACUUGACGCACCCGUACCCGUCGGAAGAGCAAAAGAAACAGCUAGCGCAGGACACUGGUCUCACCAUCCUACAGGUCAACAACUGGUUCAUCAACGCGAGAAGGAGAAUAGUGCAGCCCAUGAUCGACCAGUCCAACCGAGCAGUCAGUCAAGGAGCUCCCUACAACCCAGAUGGCCAGCCUAUGGGAGGAUUCGUGAUGGAUGGCCAGCAGCACAUGGGAAUCAGACCACCUGGACUGCAGGGGAUGCCAGGAGACUACCUGUCUCACAGCGGCCCGAUGGGUGUGGGCCAGGCGCCCUACGGGGGCCUCCAUCUCGCCCACCACCCCGGCCACCAGCGGUCCGGACCUCCCACGCGCUCCUACAUUCCUGGACCCCCGCAGCAAUCAGCGAUGUUGAUGCAUGGAGGACCGCCCCACCCUACUGUGCCCAUGUCAGCCUCCUGCACCCCUAUGCUUCCUCCAGGAGAUCCCACCAUGGGCGGACAGGUCAUGGACAUCCACGCCCAGUAGUUUGCUACAAAAAAACAAAAAAAACAAAAAACAACAAAAAAAAAACAACCAAAAAAAAUGUUUAAGAAUACAACGGGCCCUCCGAACGGUCCCACGAGGUGGGAAACUGCGAUUGGUUUGGUUCUGGAGGCUCUUGCCCCAGAAAAAUAUGAUGCGCCGACUUGCCGCAGAAACAGAAGAGCUCCAUUUUUAGGCACAGAUUGGGUGUGAGAAGGAACCCAGCAUCUGCACAGCAUGGGACACUAACAAAGGAUGUGCCCUCUUCAAGGAAACUGAGAGAAAGAGAAAGAUUAAAAUUAUUACUAUAUCAGCUCCUGAGGGUGAGGAAGGAGGAGAUUCUGUAUACUGUUGUAAAAUUACAUUUGGACUCAUACAGGAACUGGGAAUUAAGUAUUGUAAAUGCUAUCGUAUUGUUCUGCAUAUUAUGUUGUUUCUAAUAGAUUUUUUUAAAAAGGAUGUGAACUUUUUUCUUUCCACACUAUGUGUGUGCCAUCUCCAUAGACUUUUGAUCUCCUCCCUAAAUCGCCUUGCAUUUAAAAGAAAAAAGUAUGUGAAUAAAUCAAUAAUUGGUUGAAUGAA